UUGAGGAUACUGCGUAGUGUGACUGAACAUUAAGUCAACCGCAGUGUCUAAGGGUGUCCAAUCGCAAUCUUCGAUGGUCAGCCAUUGGGACUUUGCAACAAAACGUUGUCGACACUGAGCCGAAUCAUAGUGAAGUCAACUCUGGAAAAAACUGCACCAGUAAGACAAUGACGGCCUUCCCUACAAAUUUGUACCCUGUCACUGAGAUCGCCAAUGAUACUCUGAACGUCACCACAGCCGAACCACCCCCCAGCCUCACAUGGACCGUUCUCACGGCUACGUCACUCUCCAUCGUCACCCUCACCUCCAUAUUAGGAAACGCGCUGGUAUUGGUCACCCUCACGGUGGAACGUCAUCUCCGGACCCCUGCCAACUCUCUGAUUGGCUCCCUGGCUGUGGCAGAUCUCCUGGUCUCCCUAUUGGUCAUGCCGAUCAGUGCAUCCUACGAGCUGACCCAGACGUGGCGGCUGGGGCGGGCCAUGUGUGACAUCUGGAUCAUCCUGGACGUGACCUGCUGCACGGCCUCCAUCUUGUCCCUCUGUAUCAUCGCUCUGGACCGGUACUGGGCCAUCACAGACGCCGUCAAGUACGUGCACAAGCGCACGCCGAAGCGGAUGAUGGUGAUGAUCGGCGUGGUGUGGCUCCUGUCCGUCGGUAUCUCAAUCCCGCCCGUGUUCGGCUGGAGGAAACCCGAGGACACAGCCGACCCAAACAACUGCCUCAUCUCUCAGGACCACGCCUACACCAUUUUCUCCACGUUCGGCGCCUUCUACAUCCCUCUGAUCAUCGUCCUGGCCGUGUACUACAAAAUCUUCCGGGCUGCGCAGGCAAGGAUCAGGAAGAGGAUCAACUCUCGUGCCAAGAUGGGCCUGUCCCAGGCCCUCCAGUCUAGGAUGGUGAGCCAGAAGAAGAUCCUGUUCUCCAAGGAGCGGAAGGCGGCGCAGACACUGGGCGUCAUCACGGGCGUGUUCGUGUUCUGCUGGCUGCCGUUCUUCCUGGUCGCGCUGAUCGGGCCCUUCUGCGCCACCUGUCACAUCUCCGACGUCAUCAAGAGCGUCGUGCUGUGGCUCGGCUACGUCAACUGCAUGGUCAACCCUUUCCUGUACGCCUUCCUCAACAAGGACUUCCAGAAGUCCUUCAAGAAGAUCCUGUUCGGCAGGCGCUGAGACGCAGAUAAAGUAAUUAGGUCAACAGCCAAUCAGCAACCAUGAACUACUACCCGGUGGGACGCUGAGACACAGGUGUUCCUUUAGCAGAUAAAGUAAUUAAGUGAACAGCCAAUCAGCAACCACAUCUCUCGGAGCCACGCACAUGCUCCUGUGUGCAUGCCCAUAUUUGGGUAUCGGCCUCCUGCCCCCAUGCCCAAAUAUGGUCACACUCCAAAUAUGGUAACACACACUGCUAUAGUACAUUUCUUGUAACACCACCAAAAGAUAUUGUUCGGCAGACACUACAGGGUCAUAAGC